AUGACUCUGCUUUCCCAUGGAGCUGAAAGGCAGGCAAGUGCCUUUAAAAAGUCCGCCUUGUCAGUUGAACCAGUUCACAAGAUGGAUUGCCAACAGUAUCAAAGUCCGUUAAAGAAGGUGUGCAUGCCUGUUGUGAGACAUCCUGAGAACAGACAUGGCUUUGCCAGCUUUGAAGAGAAAAACAGUAAUUCUUUCCUUAAAUUGAAUCCAUUCACCCCUCCAGUAGGGCCAAAUUACACUUUACUGCCACACCGGGAUAACGUGCCUUUAGUAAAUCCCUGCUCAGGUUUUGUGAGUCCCGGAGCAGAUGCUGACCUGCAGCCCAAUGUUGGAAGCGCUAUUGAAUCCCUGGUAGACUACAGUGGUGUGAAACCUCACCAGUGGGUCCCCAUCACAGGAAAGAGAUGCCAGCCUGCCCACAGGAGGCAGAUGAUCUUCCUGGAGAAAACUAGCCAGGACAGAAGGUAGAACUCCAGGGCUCUGUCAGCUGCUUCUGUCAGGGCACGACUCAGAGGACAGAAGCCCUUUCUUUCAGGUUGGAGAAGUCCAGUGAAAGUUGCUGAUCUACCUGACCAAAACCAUAUCUUUGCAUUUUGUAUGGAUCCCAAUCUCAAGGAAUCAAGUGAUCAUUCUGCAAGGUGGAGAGAAGAAAAAGCAAGAGACUUAUUUCUGCAAGUCAAAUACUGAAAAGCUUAUGAAGAAGUUCCCUGGGAUAAUAUGUUAGCUUCCAAAGUCCAGCCUCCAGAAUCGACAGUGGAAGUGUUGGCUGAUCGUUCCCAGAGUUUUGCAAAAAGGAGAUACAAUCCUGAACCUGAAAUAAGGCAAGACAGUGAAUGAUUUAUUGUUGUUGGAGCCUUCUGGGACAGAUUUCAAACAAGGUCUUUUACCUCUCCACAGAGACCUGUUGAUUUUGUAAGCCGAAGCUCUCGAACCUGUCGUAGCCCUUUGUAUAUUGGCUGUGUUGGUGCAGUAAAUUUUGAAGACAUUGACAAUGCCAAUGUAGACUUAAUCCCACUUAACUAUGUGCAAACUUCAAAGCCUUGCUACACAAACACUGCACACACUCCAAAUAUCCCUGGACACACUGGCAAGGUUCAUUGGUCAGCAACUCACCCGGCAAAUUCUAAUCUUCCAUCAACAACCCCAUCAAUAAUUGCACAAAUGCAUGGUGAGCACCACUGCGAAGAGCCUGGCUCCCUCUUCUUCCUUCCCAUCAAGUAUUUAGACAUUGAACUUUUCUGUUGUAUUUUUGUAUUUAAUGAUCAUCACCUGCCUGGUAAUGGCCUGAAGCAGCAUGAAUGUGGCAUGCUGUCCGUUUUGAGAACGCAGGCUGGUUCACCGUGCCCUCUGGACUGGAGCGUAAGGUCUGGAUUUCAGCGACUGCCUCUGCCACCGAUUUUCAGUAAGUUCCUCAAGUUCCGAUCCGGCGGCGCUAAACGCAAAGCGCUUGAGAGGCGCGGGAGACGUUUCGCAGGGGGUGCGAGUGACCGGGCUGAGAGAGAGGAGGGUGAUCUGACCCCCUUCACCUCGCCUCGGAGGCGUUACAGGUGGAUGUCUGCAGCCCGCGGCGUGCGACAUCCAGCCGCAUCGCCGCGUCCGGGGCGCUGCCCGCCGUGCCGAGACACCUCGAAGUCCCGGCCCCGGGAGCGCCCGGCGGGGCGGCGCGGAGCCCGGCCCCUCUCCCGCGCCUCCGGCUCGGCGCAGCCCGGUGAAACACCUCGCCAGGGGAGGGAAGCGGUGCAAGCGUUGCCCCCCGCGCAGGAGCGGGUGCGGACCGACCGGUCUGUUUUCGCCUCCUCCAGUCAGCUCCGGCGCUUCGGGUCCUUCAAAGCCCGAGUUCAAAUUGCUUGCGCCUGUCGUUUGCAGAGGGGAGGCAGGUAUGGAGGUUGUAAAAGCCGUUAG